CAUGGCGUGUCGUUGCGAGAAAACGGAGACCACUGAUUGAGGAAUUUUCACCGAAAUAACUAAUGAUCUAUGCUCAAUUUGUUAAUCAAGUGUUGUGAAUGUUAGUAGAGAAGUGUUAGAACACGCAGAUGUAAGAUGAGCAGUGUAGACACUUACGGGCCGACGGCAGAUACCCUGACGUUUUUCGAUCCCGAGGAAACGGAACUUCUCGGAGCCGACACGCAGGGGUCGGAAUUUGAUUACACCGAUUUUACACUUCCGUCCCAAACCCAGUCGCAAACGCAGGCCUCCCAGCUUGAUGCUGGGCAGAGUCAGAGUCAGGUGAAUGGUGCUGAACACCUUCCAAAUGGGUUGGAAUCUGAGCUACAGUCUGCAACUAAAGGCGUCGGGGAACUCACUUUUGAAGAUGAAGAAGAAGACCAGUUCUAUCUUAAGGAUUUGCCGAAGCAUGCAUGCGCGUACUGUGGUAUCCAUGACCCGGCUUGUGUGGUGAUGUGCAACUCCACCAAGAAGUGGUUCUGCAAUGGGAGAGGAAACACGUCUGGAAGUCAUAUUGUGAACCACCUGGUCCGUGCCAAAGCCAAGGAGGUUACCCUGCACAAGGAAGGCCCGCUGGGAGAGACUGUUCUAGAGUGUUACGCUUGUGGAUGCAAGAACAUCUUCUUGCUUGGCUUCAUCCCAGCCAAGGCGGAUUCUGUUGUAAUGUUAUUGUGCCGGCAACCUUGCGCUACUCGUACUGGUGACAUGAAUUGGGAUUCGGCCCAAUGGCAACCCCUGAUUCAAGAUCGUCAGCUGCUUGCCUGGUUGGUGAAGGUUCCUUUAGAGCAGGAACAACUCCGUGCGAGACAGAUUGCGGCCAUGCAGAUCAACAAGUUGGAGGAACUGUGGAAGGAUAACCCGGAGGCAACGCUAGAAGACCUGGAGAAACCUGGCAUUGAUGAGGAACCCCAGCAAGUCCUACUGCGAUACGAAGACGCUUACCAGUACCAGAAUAUCUUUGGGCCUCUCGUGAAAUUAGAAUCGGAUUAUGACAAGAAGUUGAAGGAAUCGCAAACGCAAGAUGGCAUUCUUGUCAAGUGGGUUGUCGGCCUCAACAAGAAGAAGGUGGCGUUCUUCAAUUUCCCGAAGGCAAAUGAAGAAAUGAAACUUAUGCACGGUGACGAGCUGCGUUUGCGCUAUCUUGGCGAUGAUCAUAAACCCUGGUCUGGGGUCGGCCACGUUAUCAAGAUUCCUGACAUGUCAGACUUGACCGAUGAGGUCGCGGUGGAGAUGCAAAAUAGCGCUGACGCUCCAGCCGAAUGCACCAAGAACUUUGUGGUCGACUUUGUUUGGAAAGCUACAUCAUUUGAAAGGAUGCAGUCUGCUUUGAAAACGUUUGCCGUCGAUGAUGCGUCUGUUUCGCCGUACAUCUACCACAAAUUGCUCGGUCACGAGGUAGAGGACGUCGUCCACAGAUGCCAACUACCAAAGCGGUUCAAUGCACCCGGAUUACCCGAGCUGAAUUCUUCGCAGAGAUAUGCUGUAAAAACCGUGUUGCAGAGACCUCUGAGUUUAAUUCAGGGGCCACCAGGCACUGGUAAAACCGUGACUUCGGCUGCCUUGGUUUAUCACCUGACCAAGCAGAUUAAUGGCCAAGUCCUCGUGUGUGCGCCAUCAAAUAUUGCUGUCGACCAACUCACAGAGAAGAUUCAUAAGACUGGGCUAAAGGUUGUGCGUCUGUGUGCCAAGAGCCGGGAGGCUAUCGAUUCACCUGUGGCGUAUUUGGCGUUGCAUAAUCAGGUCAUGAGUAUGGAAGGGUUUCAAGAGCUGAAGAAGCUGCAGCAGCUGAAGGAUGAGACUGGUGAGCUGUCCUCUACUGAUGAGAGACGGUACAGGUCUCUGAAGAAACAAUGUGAAAAGGAACUCCUGCAGAAUGCUGAUGUGAUUUGCUGUACUUGUGUUGGUGCUGGGGACCCCCGUUUGGCCAAGAUGAACUUCCGCUGCGUCCUGAUAGACGAGAGUACGCAGGCGACGGAACCCGAAUGCAUGAUUCCUGUAGUUCUUGGAUGUAAACAGCUAAUUCUUGUGGGUGACCAUUGCCAGCUCGGGCCAGUUGUGAUGUGUAAAAAGGCGGCUAGAGCUGGACUUUCACAGUCCCUAUUCGAGCGGUUGGUGGUUCUCGGCAGCAGGCCGAUACGAUUGCAGGUACAAUACAGGAUGCAUCCAUCCCUCAGUGCCUUCCCAUCGAACAUCUUCUAUGAGGGUUCACUGCAGAAUGGAGUCACUGCCAGUGAUAGAACUCGCUCACACCUUGAAUUCCCUUGGCCACAACCAGACAAGCCAAUGUUUUUCUACGCCACCUCUGGACAGGAGGAGAUAGCCAGCUCGGGAACGUCAUACUUGAACAGGACGGAGGCGGCUAAUGUCGAGAAGAUCGUGACCAAACUGAUUCAAGGCGGUGUGAAGCCGGAGCAUAUCGGCGUGAUCACGCCGUACGAGGGACAGCGUGCAUUCAUUGUACAGUACAUGCAGUACAGUGGAAAGAUGAAUUCCAAACUUUAUCAGGAAAUUGAAGUUGCGAGCGUGGACGCUUUCCAGGGCCGUGAGAAGGAUUUCAUCGUGCUGUCAUGCGUGCGUGCCAAUGAACACCAGGGUAUUGGAUUCUUGAAUGACCCACGUCGUCUGAAUGUGGCCUUGACAAGGGCAAGGUUUGGUAUCGUAGUAGUUGGCAAUCCGAAGGUGUUGUCGAAGCAGUCGCUGUGGAAUCAUCUGUUGAAUCACUACAAGGAGAACAAGGUGUUGGUCGAGGGGCCUCUCAAUAACCUCAAGGAGAGCAUGAUUCAGUUCAGCAAGCCAAGGAAACUCGUCAAUGCCACUAACCCGGGCGGUCGCUUCAUGAUAACAACCAUGUAUGAUGCGAGGGAAGCUAUGAUACCUGGCAGCGUCUACGACCGAGGACACAUGAACGGAGGUGGGGGACCAAACUUUAAUCGAGCUGAUCCGUUUGUACGUCACCACGACCAACUGAAUUACAUCGGGCAGAAUCGCACCAUGAUGGCUAAUAACGUACACCUGCCUGUCCCCGUUGGAAUGUUCAUGACACCACCGAAUGGACCACCUUUCAACCAACCUCCUCCAAAUGCUGGUAUGAGGAGCAUGCCAAAACAGACCCGUGGUAAUACCAGGCGGCCUACCAAGCCGCCAAGGUACAGCAACAUGCAGAACAGCCAGUCGCAGUUCACGCAGAACUCGCAAUCUGUCAAUAGCCAAGCCAGUCAGGAAGGUACACAGCCUUACUCACAGGGCCCCCUGACUCAGGGUGGACUGUCUAUGAGUCAGCCUUUCCAAAUGAGCCAACCUGGACUAUCUCAGGUUGAACUGUCACAGGACAGCUACAUAGGGGACGAAUUCAAGUCCCAGGCUGAUGUGCUACUAUCCCAGGACUCAACGUACCAGGGCGACAGGGCAUACAUGCAGUCACAGCCAUUGUCACAAGGCGGACAAUUCUCACAGUACUAGUCGGCUGUCAGCCGGAUCACACCAGCAAUGGGAGUGACCUCACACACGAGAGCGCCCUCUAGAAGCGAUCGAUCAGAACCAAUUCCUAGCAUUGAGUAGGCGGGAGCCUAUGCUCGGGUCGGAUGGAGUUGGAAGUUCGCCCAGGAAUGAGGGGCGCUCGGUUCUGACAGCAACAAGAGAAGAUCUUUUGCUCUGUGAGAGGGCAGGUGGCUCCUCCAGCAGAGACGUCUAUAGUGCUAUUCCUAAGGUAGGAAGCAUGAAAAAUGGUGGCGCCAUCUUAUAGUCAUCCCAGGAAUCAGGACUGAUGAGGUGAUAUCGACAGCGGAUGGUGCAGGCAGGAGGAACGUGGCUUAUCAUGUGUGUACGUAAUGUUGCACAUAGCCACUUUUGCAGGAUGAGAAUCUCCAGCAAGGAAGCGUUUGCAUGGAAGAAAGAAAACUGGAUGUUUGCCCUCUUGACUUCUCACAUGGAGUCAACUGGUCAAGUUCACUAUAAUGGUCGUUGAAAGUGCAUGUAUUGCGGAAUUUAGGCUGGAGUUUGUGGGGUUGUAACCACAAUUCAGUCAGGUCAUCCUAAGAUUAUAAUGCUGGUGUGACUGGGAGUGCAUGUAAAGGAUUUUUCUUUUUAACAUUGUUAGGAAUAUUUGGAGCGUUUUCUGAAUCUACUUCAUCCUUGCUGAAACAACUGCAGGGAAUCACAUUUGCAUGAAUAAUUUUAUGAUCUGAUUGAAUUGUGCGGUAAGAUGAGAUGGACGAUAGAUGGGACCAAAAGGAUAUAAAGAAGAUUGGUUGAACAUUUGGAAAGAUAUUGAGAGAUAUUUUGUGCAAAAUUCUGUAUUCUUUCGAGUCUAACAAGAUAUGGACAUUAUGGUAUAUUGUCUUAAACCAAUUCGUUUGGUCUCUGAUAUUAAAUCUAGGGCCGCUACAGAGUAGGAAAUUCAGAGUGUGGCCUAAUCUUUCAAACUAGCUGGAUGACCUAUUUAAAAUCAUUAUAAACAAGUACAAUUGCGAAAUAUUGAUGAAUAUGGUUUUGGUCUGAAUUAAGGUUGAAAUUCAAGAAUGAAAAAGGACUUAUGAUGUAAGAAUUGGACUUUGAGGCCAGUUGUAAGCUCUGUUAAUUUCCUAUUCUGUAGCCAAUCGCCUCUAGUUGGAAAGCGUUAAACUGGUUGUAUGGAAAGUCCUGCAUCGUGUGCUCUCUGCCCGCAGCAUCGGAGCGUUGAUAUCCGUCAGGUGUUGGGAAAAUACUUGGAAGGAAGUGGUAGCCGCCAUUGGCAUUGGACCUCGUCUGUUUGGAGGAUGCCAAACAAAAGUCAUAACGACUAUUGAAAUCAUUAGUAAUUAUAGUUGUAUUUAAUCAAAUUUCUAUUUUAGUUUGCCAUUGGAUUGUUCUCCUCGCGGCGUUUGUUUCUAUUUUGUAGAGCAUUGUGUCAAUUAUGGCUUCAGUUCUAACUCGAAUUUGCUUGAAAUUCUUGCUGAGAGUGAUUGAGUAUUUUGUUCUGCAAGACAUGAGAGGAGUGUUAUAUUGGGUGACAGGGGUUCCAGAUCCGAAAAGAAAUCGAACAGUACAUGCAGUAUGUAAAUAUGUACAAAAGCUGAAUGAUUACAAAUUGAAAGGCAGUUCUCCAAAGAAAUUCUUCAGUUUUUGAAACAUUUGGUUUGCCAAAUGACCACCUGUUGACUGAUUCUAAAAUGGUUGCGAAAGCUGAUUUUCAGUGAUAAUUUUGUUGGUUUGUUAGAAUUGAAUUUAAAACUUGAAUAAACAGUAUGCAUAUUCUCUUCAUCUUAAGAAAUCUGGGGCCCGUAUGGUGAUGGUGUUAUUUUAUGACAUGGUUCUGAAGAUAAGGGUAUGGUCAGAUAUAUAUAGGAUAUGUUCUAUUGAAGUUAUGUAAUGUACACUGUACAAGUCUAUCAAUUUCAUUGAAUCUAUGGAAAAGAUGUGAAGACUGUAUGCAAGAUGCUAUGAAAUUCUCAUAAAUUCAGGGGCGGCUGUUGCAUUGAUAAAGAAAUAAAAAAGUGGCCCAAGCUCUGAAAUUGAGAUUGUAUCCUACAGGAUGCAUUUAUUACUACUUGGUGACAUUAGAGAAUGAUUUGAUGGACUUGUAUUGUUUGGUUACCUGUAAUUCUCUUAAGUAUUCUAGUGGUUGACAAGCUGUGUAUGCAUGAAUGCUAGUGCACUUUUCAGUCUGAAUCUGUUUGGCACUAUUUGAUUUCGAGAGAUGAGUUGAUUUCUUCAUACUAAAAGAAUUUGGCUGAUUUAUAUAGUGAAAUUUUCAUGUAUGAGGUGAUGGCAAGGGAAACGCCUGCACCGUUUGUUAAAAAAUUGAAAUUUGAAAUAGAAUUUAAGAUUUUUCUAUCACCUAAAUUCACAUUAAAUAUAAAUUUGAUCAUUGCUGUUGUAUGGACCAAUACAGAUAUACUUUUUGGUCGAGUUUCAUAACAUUUGACAUGUCUGGUAAUACUGUGCAGCACCAAUGAUUAUUUCUACUGUUUGUACAGACUGAAACGUGAAUGGCGUAGGCCUUUAAGGUGUUAACCUGUGAUAUCUGUACAUCCAAGUUACAGUAAAGGAGAGAUAGAAAGUUGCGACCUUUGGUUUUGGUGGUGGGUAUUCAAAAGAAUUGGAAGUUUUCUCAACAUAGCCCUGUUCCAUUGCGAGAUAAUUUUUUAGAAGACCUAGUCCCAGCACUUUAAUAAGAAAUACUCUAGUUUUACCAAUCAAAGAAUGGUUGAUGAAUUUCUGCGAAAUUGGGACAAAGGCCAAGGCGGAACGCAAGGUCAUGAUCGUCAGAUGACUUGGUGUCCCCAACCCAUUGUCUAUCCAAAUUAAACAUGUCAAAUGGCAUCGGCUAACUCUGUGAAUAUUAUCUAGUUUUAUAUAUUAGAUAUUAAUAACGGUCUUAGAUUGAUGAAUCUAGGGUAUCUGCUUUGUUAUUCAUGUAACGUGUCUGCAGAGAAUGUUGAGAUAGUCCUCGGAAUGCUCCUUGGAUCUUUGUUGUGAUAUGAAUAGUGAAAUCAAACCUUUAUUUUAUUUGGCUUUUAACUAGUUUGCCUCAUUUAAGGGGCUGGCAUUAAUGUUAGGCUUUUAGGAAGCUUAUGCUGCUAAGUAAUCCCGGUUGUUGUCAUCUGGACUAAGUUUCUCUCAAAAAGUGGCUGUCAAGUUUAGGCAAGCAGGCAACAGACCAGUUGAAACUCGCGAAUUACGAAACAUAACAUUCUAAAACACCUUGGUUACAAUGUGCCCACUGUUUACAGUGUAUAAUGCACUGUGUCUCUUUUGGCAACCAUAGCCACUUGGUCCUGAAUAUAGUCAAAAGCAGUUAAAACCAGAUUUCGGUGUUUAAUUUGAGGUGUUUUAGAAUAGAAAUUGAUACCCCACCGUCGGUAUUGAUACCUCGCAAUAUAAGCUCGGUGUGGGCUGUCAUUUCACCCAAAACCUUGGCUGCUGCCUAAGUUUUGGCCCAUAUUUUUGGUCCACACUUGCGGUGUUUAGUGAGACAACCAAUACGUCCAGGUAGGUAUCAAUUUCUUAAUCCUUGUAAACCGUGUUCAUGUUACUGAUAGAGGUAUGACAUCAUUGUUGACCUUGGCGUCUGGCUGCAUGCGACGUUUUGGUAGUUGGUAGGCUGAUGACAAAAAAUCCUCUGCAUAAUGCCCAUGGAUUGGUGUAAAUUCUCUGGAUUCUGAUUAUUAGCGUGAUGGUUAACAUAUAGUAUUAGCUGUACAUUGUACCUUGUGGAAAGGCUGGUUUUACUGAUAUUCUCAUAUUCUAAUUUUCUAACGCUUGACGAAUAGUUGGAAGUAGUUUUGCACUUCUUGAAUUUCUCACUCUAGAUAUUGUAAUGAAACAUGUAAUUAGUGGCAGUUAUGUUUAUAAUUACCAGAUAUUCGGCUCAAAAAACAUCUGCACAGUUACAGUGUUCAUUGUUAAAAUUGUUGUUUUUAGUGCUUCCGAGCUCACUUUUUUUUCUCGUUUCAAAAUCAAGAAGUCUGGCGUUGUCGGCCUGUUGAAUAUAAUACGUAUACUUCAAAAAUUGAAUUUAGUUCACUCGAGAGAUGUUUGAUUCAAUGCAAAACAACUGUAUGAAGUCAGUGAAAAAGUUAAACCAGAUUUAGUCCAGUAAACCUGAUGAAGUCUAGUAAACCAGAUGAAGUUUAGUGAACUAGAUAAAGUCUAGUGAACCAGAUGAAGCUGGCAAUGAAAAAAAUCUAAAUACUUCUCCAAAUUUUACCUGCAAAAACGAGACUGUCUGAUUCAUUUUUGAAUGAUGAAAACACCUUUACCAUUUUGACCAAUUUUAUACCAAACAAUUUCGUCACAAAACCUUCAGUCGAGAAUAAUGGAAUCACAGGCAGGGGUCAUUUGCACAAAGGUCAGUGUGACCUACAAAGGUCAGUAUGACCUGAUUUUGAAUGUAGGUCAAACACCCUGGGACAUAUUCUGUUUCUGGAGACCACUAGAAGCUAUGCAGUCUAUUAUAGUUAUAGACAAAUUUGACUGAAGUCUUUUUAUUGUGUACAGCCCAACUUUGUACUUUGAUACUUUUACACAGCUUUCACUAUAUUUGAUGAAAUAAGAAAAUCAGUAACCAAUUUUAUGUUAGCCCUAUCCAAAAGCGUGCGUUGGGCAUAAAAAUGACCUUUCGUCUAUUAGUUGGGGACAUUCUCAGGUUCUUGCUCAUGAUAUUGUGAUAAAAUUGCCCUUCAUAAAAAAAGUUCAAGAAAAAAAAAAGUUCAUUCGAGAGAUUUAGAAAGUGUAUAAAAUUCCCAUUUCAUCUCAUCUUGCUGAGAGAAAUGAGCAAAACUGGGGCCACGGCUGACUGACAGCUUGAUGAAAUCAAUUUCAAAACCAGGGGAUUGGUGUAGAUUUUUCCUAGAUUUUUAAAUGGCAGCAAGCACUUUCAACAGUUGAAUUGAAAUACUUUUUUGGAAAAACCAUUCAAAUUGUUUGAAGUUCUGAAAUGUCACUGUUUUAUCCUCCAAUUUUUUGUGGCAGUGCUUGUGAGAGAUUGAAGUGAUUCACCAGGAGAAUCCAUUAUAAACUGUGAUGAAUAUCAAAUGCUCAACUUACUUCAUGUCCUUGAAAAUUAGACGUUACUACGAAUUUGGUUCUGUCCCAUCAAUGAGAUUGUCUAAAGUCAAAAUUGGCAAUCGUGUAGUGCCUUUUCAACCUGUGGAAUAAAGUUGGCUCUCAUUCUAAACUUCAAAGGGACUUUUUAUCAAGCACUUGCCUUGCGAAUUUGGAACUGGAAUUCGUGUCUGCUUUGGGCAGUGCAAAAGGAAAGGACAAAGGACACAUCUGCAGUGUUAGUGUAUUCAGAGAUGACUCUUUGGCUGUUACUUUGAUGAGAUUGGCCAUGUUUUUCUUCUGAUGCUUGCAAUCAUUUGAGGCUUAUUACUGACACAGGUUUCCACUCGACAUUUUCUGCGUAAAAUUCAGAAUUGUUGUGCUGUAAAUUUUAAAUGCACUUCCCUGAACUUUGAUUAUUGCAGUGCCCUCCUAAAAUACUCUCGUUGUUUGAAAUACUGUAAACAGUCAAACUUUGCAGGCAUUUUUUUGAAAAUGUUCACGGAUUUCAUCAAUAUAUCCUCAAUUUGCAAGAUAAACAUUGCAGAAAAGUAGUUUUUGUUUGGAAAUAAAUUUUAAUCUGUCUAAAUAAAAACUGUGAAAUAUCAUGUUUUUAGGAAUUUCACGAACUGCAAAAUUAAAGAGUUUACAGUAAUUUCAACAAGGGCACAUUGCCUUGUCAUUCUGUUGCAGAGAAUAUUCAAUUCUUCAUUUCACUUUGUCCACCUGUUGCUGCUAAUUAUAUGCUUUGUCAGUUAAA